AUGAUGAUAUCCCCAGAACAAGGGAAAUUCUUAAGUUUUUUGGUUCGAGCCAUAGGAGCACGCCGUUGUUUGGAAAUUGGAACUUUUACUGGUUAUAGUUCCGUUUGUAUAGCAGCAGGUAUGAAGGAGGGUACUGAAUCGAUACUUUAUUGUUUGGAAUGCAACGAAAGUUAUGCCAGGACGGCACAGAGAGAGUGGACAAAUGCAGGUUUACAAGAUAGAAUAAGCCUUGUGUUGGAAGAUGCCACGGAAAUUUCGCAAAAGUUGAUCGUUGAGAAAGAGGGCUGGUUUGAUUUUAUAUUCAUUGAUGCGGAAAAGGAAAAGUAUAGAGAAUACUAUGAAACAGCGUUGGCAUUGCUUAGAGUGGGUGGUGUUUUAUGUAUCGAUGAUACUUGUUGGAGUGGUAGAGUUGUGGAUGAGCAGUAUCAGGAUCCCGAAACAUUGAGUAUUAGAGAACUUCUUGGCUUUAUGCAAAAAGAUUCCAGAGUAUUUGCUUGUCCCAUUCCUAUUUUUGAUGGAAUGGUGGUGGCUGUUAAGCUUUUUACAACGAGACACUCGGACAAUUUUCAAGUCUUACUUUCUCGGAAGAUUAUAGAUAUUGAAGGAAACAUUGCGGUUGGCAAAACUUGUCUGGUUCGAAGUUUGUUUCCCACAUUAGAAACUCAAGGAAUGACUCCCUGUGUAUUUGAAGAAGAUCCCAAUCAUACUUUUCUUUCAGCAUUUUAUCAGAAGCCUGAAAUUUUUGGGUUUUCGUUUCAAAUGUACAUGUUAAAACUGGCACAGCAAGUAGUGAUAAAAGCACAACAUUAUUUACUUGAGGAUACCAACAAUGUUGGACUCAUCGAUCGUUCGAUAUGGGGUAAUAGAGUUUUUGCAGACUGUAAUCAUCACUUGGGUAACUUCAGUCAGGAAGAAUACGGAAUCUAUAAAUCUGUUUAUAACGAAACAGAGUUUCAACCAGAUUAUCUUAUUUAUUUGGAUGCUUCUCCAUCAGUUUGUUUAGAAAGAGCAAAGAAACGUGGUCGAUCAGCUGAACAAGAACUGCAACUUUCUUAUUUAGAAGCCCUCGACACUUUUCAUUUCCAACAUCUCAUUUCUACUAUAUGUGAAGGCCGAGCGAAAGUAUUGGUUUUCAAUUGCCAUAUGUUCUGCACAGCGGAACAAGUGCUUGACAAAAUAAGAGAAAGAGAAGAAACUCGAUGCUGUAAACUUAUAUGGAAUAACCAAUCAAAUGAAAAAACAAAAUUCCUCUGGUUUCUUCAUUUAUCUGAGGAUUGUUAUCACAAAAUGGCUAAGGGUGCUACUAGCGAAGAGUGGUUUGGUUUACUACGUUCCUGGAAUCUUUCUCAAAAUACCGAAAUAACGGAUAUUUGCCUUCCUUGGAUCUCGAGUGAGGAUCAAGUUCCUUUUUAUCAGUAUCAAGCGUUUAAGCGAUUGGUUUGUUUUGCUCUCUCAGCAAAUAUAACCAUCCAAUUCUAUAAAGACGGAACGUGAUAGAAAGAGUUGCGAAGAGAAAAAUUUUCC